AUGAUCACCAAGGCGGUUUUCCUUCUUGCAUUAUUUGGAAUUGCAUCUUCCAAACUCCCACACAGAAGGAGAUGUGAUCCAGAGGAAAUACAAGAGACACCAACUCUUUGCUCAAAUUACAAAAACAUUUUACACCUUGAUGAUGUCCAGACAAAACUCGAAGAGAAACAAAUGAUGCUGCAACAAAGAAUGGAUGCCAUGGAAGGUAGGACAAGACUUCAGCUCGAAGCUGCAAACAAUAACAUCAGUGCGCUCAAAAGAUUAGUGACAAACCUUUCAAGUGCAGUAAAUGAACUUGAAAAGAUUAAGUCACAAACUGAGAGGGAAUUCAGAGAGGCAAAGACACAGCUGGAGAAACACCAAGUUGACAUAGUCAGUCUGAAGAGAGAAGUUCAACAACUUGGCAACCGUGGGGAAAGAAUGAAGGGAAACUUAAGUGACAUUGAAGAGCAACUCCAUACAGCUGAAAGGCAGUUAAAGGAGAAGAAAGCCAAGCUUGAAAAUCUGGAGACAGAAACUGAGGCUAGGUUUAGUGACACACAGAGACUUCUGAAUCUGUAUAAGAAUGAACUUUCCCACCUUAACUCAACGGCCCUGGAGCUUGAAGUCAAAGUCAAAGCCCGUCUGGAGGCCACAGAGAUGGAACUGCAAGCUAAAGUGGAGAAAUUUCAAAACAACAGUACAGCUUUCAGCGCAAAACUGAACAACCAAAAGGCUGAAGUUGAUGAAUUUAAGGAAGAAACUGAAAUUAUAUUGAGGAAUGUUGAUUUACAGCUGAAAGCACAAAAAACUACAGUGGACCGGCAGAAGGCUGAAAUUGACACUCUCAAGAACGACACGGCAGGAUUAAAAUACAGACUGGGGUCAACUGAAGAAAAAGUUGUUGAACUAGGUAAACUCAAACUUGAGGUGAACAGCAUUAAAGCAGAAGUCAGUGCCAAGGUGGCAUUUUCUGCCACUGUAAUCGAAUCUCAUGAUGUGUUCACUGGACCCUACACUGCUGGCACUAGCAGAAUUCUGAUCUUUAACAGAGUCUUCACCAACAUUGGCAACGCUUACAAUGGUACAACAGGCAUCUUCACUGCUUCCCUGAAGGGGGUUUACCACUUUUCAUUCAUGACUUUUGGCUACAACAGCCACACUUCAGGAGCCAUCCUGGUGAAAAACGGGCAAUACCAAGUGAGUACCUGGGAGUUCACAGGACCAGAUACCAGCGACACCACCAGCAACACAGUAAUCCUUGAACUGAAUGUCAGAGACACCGUCAAUGUCAUCCUGUGGGAUGGUGGAAAAAUACAUACAAGUGUCUUCACUGGAUUCCUCAUCUUCCCAACAUCUUAGAUGUUUAGGGUAAAGAAUGUAAAUUUCUGUGGGUUACUUCGGCAAGUAAAGUUACAUUCAUUGGGUUUGGGCAUGUAAAGUCACGUAUUUAACAUUAUGAAAAUAAUGUACGCUAGCUUUAGGCUAUGUUAGGGUUAGGCAAGUGAUGUUACUUAAGUUAACUUUGACAAGCAAAGUUAUGUAGGUUAGAUUAGGCAAGUGAACUUACAUACACUAACUUCAAGCAAGUAAAGUUAAGGAUAUUGGGUUUGGGCGAGUAAGGUCACAUAUGUUUGCUUUAGCAAAUAAAGUUACAUACCUUAGCUUUAGGCAAAUAAAGUUACAUAGGUUAGGUUUAGUCCAAUAAAGUUAGAUAGGUUAGGUUUAGGCAAGUAAAGUUAUGUGCGUUCGCUUUGGCAAAUAAAGUUAUGUACGUUAGCUUUAGGCAAGUAAAGUUACAUAUAUUAGUUUUAGGCAAAUGAAGUUAUGUACCUUAGCUUUAGGCAAAUAAAGUUACGCAUGUUAGCUUUAGGCAAAUAAAGUUAUGUAGGUUAGCUUUAGGCAAGUAAAUUUAUGUUCAUGGGGAUUGGGCAAGUAAGUUAAGCUCAUGUACGUUAGCGUUAGCCAAAUAAAGUUAUGUAGGUUAGCUUCAGGCAAAUAAAGUUACAUACAUUAGCUUUGGCAAGCAAAGUUUAGUAGGUUACAUUUAGGCAAGAAGACAAGUAAAGUUAUGCAUGUUAGCUUUAGGCAAUUAAAGUUAUGUGCAUUAGCUUUAGGCAAGUAAAGUUACCUACGUUAGCUUUGGUAAGUAAAGUUAGGUAUGUUAGCUUUAAGCAAAUAAAGUUAUGCAGGUUAGGUUAGGCAAGUUACAUAUAUUACUUUUAGGCAAGUAAAGUUACUUAGGUUAGGCUUCGGAGAAUAAAGUUACGUAUAUUCGCUUUGGCACGUAAAGUUUUGUAGGUUAGGCAAGUAAAGUUACAUAUAUUAGACAGGAAAAGUCACAUAUGUAUGUUAGCUUUAGGCAAGUAAAGUUAUGUUCAUUGGGUUUGGGCAGGUGAAGUCACAUACAUUAGCUUUAGCCAAAUAAAGUUACGUAACGUUACCUUAAAUUUAGGCAAACAAAGUUACGCAUGUUAGCUUUAGGCAAAUAAAGUUAUGGAGGUUAGCUUUAGGCAAGUAAAGUUAUGUUCAUUGGGUUUGGGCAAGUAAAGUCACAUAUGUUAGCUUUAGGCAGAUAAAGUUAUGUACAUUAGCUUUAGGCAAAUAAAAUGAUAGCUUUGGCAAGUAAAGUUACCCAUGUUAGCUUUAGGCAAAUAAAUUUACGUAGAUUAGCUUUAGGCAAGUAAACCUUGUCUUCCCAACAUCAUAGAAAUUUACAUUCCAAACCCCCAAGAAUCUAUGUUUUUAUUUAGGGAAUCAUGCUUUUCAUUUAAUUUUUUUCUUGUUCUUUUGAGCAAUUCAUCAUCCUGAGACUGAUUUCAAUUGUUGAGAUAGCUUGUUGAAACUAAAAAUAAAUGCAUAACAAAUAAAAUAAAAAAAAUAAGAAUGUUAUGUCAUGUAAUUGAUUAACUAACAGCAGUAAUUAUUUGUUUUAGUGCUUGAUGCAUCAGACAAACAGUUAUCACUUAUGGUUAGAAAUAUUUUUUAAAAUUCAUAUAAGAAUGAUUUACUCUCAACAAUCAUCAAUAACCCUUAGAAAGGCACUGACUGUAUGUUAUGACUGCAUUUCACACGGUGUGUAAAAUGUAUCAUUAUCAGCUCCUUUGUAAAUUCUGGGUUCUUUAAAUUCUUUUGCUAAUGAUUCUGCAUUCUGCAUUAAACACCAACCACUUAAAAGGUCUGUAAC